AUGGACAACAAAGCAAAUGGAGUCGAAAGCGAGCUCAUUGCAUCGUGCGGUACCAGAUUUCUGUAUGCGCGGGGGACGGAGACGGCCACUUCGCGAAAUAGCCGUACGAAGGAUGCCGCUGGUCGCCUGGACCGAUCGCUCUCACCAACGCCGGCGCUUUCCAGAAAAGAUUCUAGGCGAAGGAACGUGAACAACGUUCGAUUUAAGCAGUCCGUCCAGAUAUCGAUGAUCGACACCUCAGGACGGACGUCGCCUAGCGAAAGCGCGGCAGCUCGAGGCGGAACCGGGAAGGCGUCCCGGUUAGCGGGCAGCACGACAGAAAAUUUCCCAGAACAACGUCGUGGCUUGGAUGCUGAAAACGAUGAUGGCGCGGCGGUCGAUGGCGCCGGCGGCGAAACCUUCAGCGGCGGCACCGGCCAUACCGUUGACGGCGAGGACUACGACGAUGUCAUUAACAUUUCGAUGCAUAAAGUUUUGGAGCAAUUGGAAGAGGAGCGAAAUCGCCUCAAGUCAAUAGAUCGCGGGAUGAGCACCUUGGUCGACAGUGUCCUUACAGUGAAGACAAGGACAGCGCAUGAGAUUAUCGGCCGAACGCUGCGCCAUCGAUCUCCGUCACUUCUUCUCACGCGAGCCCCUCUGGACGAGAACUUGAUGCAGUGUAAAGCCAUGGCCCCCCGGUACGACAUUUUGAUGGGACGGGAAACCCCACCGCUAGCCCAAGAUGAGGAAGAGGAAGACGACGGGGACUUAGUGCAGGAGGGCUCGAAGCAGAUCCUACUGGACUUUUACGCCAAGCACUCGGACUUGUACAAGUGGGUGCAUAGUCCCCCGCCGAUGCCGGAAGAAACCAAACCCGCACCCCCCGCAACUAAACUCCAUACGAAGCGGAAGGAGGCACUGGCGUUUGGCUCAGGCAGAGGCCGGGUAGUCGAUUUCGGCGUUGGCGCCAGCGACGACAGUGACGACGGCGGAUUAGUUCGCUCCCGGUCGCCGACGUUGGUAGGGCCGCCGCUGACGUCGCCGCUGCACGGCGCCUCCAAGUGUGCGCCUCGGCUAGGCGAGAGGCCGGCUAGUUCGGGCCACGAGGCUAAACCGGGACGGAGUUCGGCGGUAGCGGCCCGACGGCAGGACGGUACGGAACCCAGUGGUGGAGCCACAGCGGCCGUCGGGGCCUUCACCGCUGCCGCCGCCACCACCGUCACCGUGUUUGCCGCCGGCGGGAUCCGUCAACACGAUCCCCCCAGUGAUCCCCAAGCUCUGGUGUUGAAUCUUAGUCUGAAGAGGAGCCUUUCAGAGAAGCUAAGCUCUGACUUUCGCGGCGUGUCCGGCGAAAAGGAUUGCAGCGGGUACGGCAGUGGUGGAGAUCAGAGCUCGUUAAUACCGAGCAAUCCGGAUGAGGUACUCAAGAGCAUCCAGUCCAUGCUGACGGACAUUCAGACGAGUAAUCCUCGGCUCAGUCCGUACCUGCCUUCGUUUGUCGCGGACUCGCUGACACGAGCACGAGCUAGCAAGACAGGGCCUCAGCCGCUAGCGGCUGCGUUGUCGACAAUCACGACUGCGUUUCGGCCGUCGAGCCAUGUGCGGCCCGGAUCCACUUGUACGACAACGGCUCCCACUGCCGCUGGCGCCGUCGGCGUGGCGGCACUGGCGGCGCAAGCAUCCGGCGCCUGGACGGCGAAUGCGGCGGAAGACAAAGUCGCCAAUGACCCUGGUGGCAGCGAUGCUGGCGGUGACAGAGGUGAGGCAGAUGGCUGCCCAGCAGCCGGCGACGUGAUGCCAGCUCAUCGAUGCCCUUCCAGUCUCGUUCACCUAGCUCGGGAGCUGCAGCCGCUGCACAAGCACGUCAUGCGGACACGGCGGCGGAGAGGAAGUGCCUCUGGCUUGCAGGCAUCGUCCACGGCGACCGAUAACAAGCCGAAGAACAAUCAUGGCAACCGCGGCAGGGCCGUGGCCAUUGUUCGAUUUGAAAGCGGUCGAGGGCGACUUGAUCUGGUUUCUCCGAGUCCGACGGCGGGUGGUGGCGACGGCGGCGGCACAGAUAGUACAGCAAAUGAUGGCGACGACGAGCACGAUGAUAAAGAUCUGAUAUCGCCAGAAGCCUCGGGACGUUGCACCUCCAAUGCCAGCAGCCGCGGCGGCGGUCACGACGGCGGCGGUAGCGGCCGCGGUGGCGGCAUCAGCGGCCGUGCAGCAGACGCCCAGCGACGAGCUCUUCCGCCAGAGCAAAUCCAAGGGCCGCAAUUUUGUAUGGACUCGGACAUGGAACCUGAAGUUCCGUUGUGGACCAAACCGCCUGCACCGGAUCCGAUGGCGCGAGCGGCGCCGUACAGCGCCUGGAACAGCAAUGGCGUCAUUAUGCGACACGGAAGUGCGUUGCUUCGCGCCGGUCUAGCUCGCCGUCGCCGGCGACGUGGUACGGAAGUAAUGGGCGUAGCAGCCCGAUGGCGCACCGGUGAAGAAAAAGGAGCACCCGCCUACGGCAUCAGGGUCCUGGGGGACCACACAUAA